AUGUCCGGUAUCAACGUGUCCAUGCCUGAGUCUAGCGUCGGCGGGUGCUCAGCGGGAGGGUGGGCGAGCUCGAAGCCGGGAGUGUCGGUCCCCGCAAGCAGCUCCCCGAGAGGGACUGCCGGCCUCAACGCGAAAGGCUCCAACGAAGCGAGGCGGGCGUUGGAGAGUGUUGGUAGCGGAGAAAGGAAGAAAAAGGAGUGUUUUUUUGCCAUGGCGUCAGUGGUGAAUUGGCUAGAUUCUCGGGCCUUCUUUGAGCAAGCCAAUUCGGCGCAGUUCGAGUAUGUGUUGUCGAGGUACAAGGAAGCUCUUCAGCAUAAGUCUGAGACUAAGAGGAAACCCGCCGAACUUCAGAAACUCGACGCUUGGUUCCAAGAGGAACUGCCGAGGAUCAUGAAGAAAAGAAAGCCUGACAUGUUUUUCACUCACGACGAAUUAGUUCAAGCCAUCAAAUGGAAACUGGCUAGAGGGAAAUUCCGCCCCAAGCUGAAGGAGCUGGUUCAAAUGAACACUCCCAGGCAGCACUACAACCUCUCUGUUUUAAGCGUGAUGGCACCUGAGAAAGUUGCUUUCAUGGCCGAUGAGUGUCUCCUGGCAAUCAACAAGGGAGAAGCUUUGGAUUACUCCAUGAACGAGUUCAUGCAAUAUCUGGAAAAUGUUGAAAAGCUGUGUGAAAGGCUCAAUGCAGAGGAACUGCCGAGGAUCAUGAAGAAAAGAAAGCCUGACAUGUUUUUCACUCACGACGAAUUAGUUCAAGCCAUCAAAUGGAAACUGGCUAGAGGGAAAUUCCGCCCCAAGCUGAAGGAGCUGGUUCAAAUGAACACUCCCAGGGUCGUGAUGUUGGAGACAAAGAAGGCUUGCAGGCAGUUAGGGAAGCAAAAUAUCAAGAGCGCUAUCUUGGCUUUGAGUAACCUAAAGGGCAUUGGUCCUGCUUUUGCCUCAGCUGUUUUAAGUGUGAUGGCACCUGAGAAAGUUGCUUUCAUGGCCGAUGAGUGUCUCCUGGCAAUCAACAAGGGAGAAGCUUUGGAUUACUCCAUGAACGAGUUCAUGCAAUAUCUGGAAAAUGUUGAAAAGCUGUGUGAAAGGCUCAAUGCAGAGAAUCCUGACUUUUGGACGCCUCACAAAGUCGAGCUUGCCAUUUGGUCGCACUACGUUUUGUCAGAGAUGAACCCAGAUUCUCUCGAUAGCAUUGAAACUCUCACCGCUGGCAACACUGUGCUUCCGGCCGAAGUAACAGAGUCUACCCACGAUGACAAAGAGCCCAAGAAGGUGUCGGAAGACGAAGACUCCCGCGGAUCCCACCAAGAACACAUUGUUUCUUCGGGUGACGACGAGCUGUCACGCGACUCCGCCGGGAAGGUGGACAGUCCGAGAGUGACGGAGUGUCAUCAUGAAAACGGCGACGCGUCGAAUGACAGUGGCGUAAAAAUGAUGCAAGAUGUCGCCGCCGUGGAUUAUUCCUGCAAUUCAUCUCCUUCCUUGGACGAGCCGCAAGCAAAAAAGAUCCGCUUAGAAACGACUACGACGACCUCUGAUGAGAAAUUGGUGUGAAUGAGGCGAGAAUGGCACUAUUGCGAUCCAAAGGAAACGAAAUUUUUCUUUUUCUUUAGAAUGUCUCGUUUAACGAUAGGAAAUUAUUGGAAGAAGAACAUUUUCGGGGACAACAAACGAAGAAAAAAAAUGAAGGAGAUGAUUUUAUGUGUCGUUUUCACCAGCAAAAGCAAUAGAAGAAGAAAACUACAGAAGAAUGUUUGAAUCCCGAAAAUGUCAAUUGUUUUUUGUUCCAUAUACAUAAUUUCGCCGAAUGAUGAACGUUUUUGGUCGUCCAUGGUUCGUUUAAAAUCUGAGGGAGGAACGGGGGGGGGGGGG